GGGUUCCUGGGGGGAUUUUGGGGUUCCUGCCCCUCACAGCCCACCCCAGGCCACGAGCCGGCCGGGCUGCUGUCGCUGGCGCAGCUCUUCGAGGUGGCCGUGGCCAAGCAGAGGGACCCGGCGGUGGCCGCCCGCGGGACGCCGCUGCCCGCCCUGCUGCGCUCGCUGCUGGGCUCGGCCCGCAGCCUCGGCCUGCGCGUGGUGCCCAGGCUGACCCCGCAGGCCGUGGCCGAGGCCCAGCGCCGCCGCCGGGAGCUGCAGGCGGCUGCGGCCGCCGCGGCCGGGCAGGAGGAGGACGAGGGGGGCGCCCGGAGGAAGUGACCCAAAAAACCCAAAAAAACCCAAAAACCCCCAAAAUCCCCAAUAAAGAGCUCCCCCCACA